CUUCAGUCUGCGCAUUUCCUCAUUCUUCAAAAUCGAAAGUGAAACUGUGCAGCGCUUCAAACCAGACGGGCAGCACGGGUGAAUCCAUGCACCUGGAAAAAGGAUGUUCAAAUGUAAAGAUGACAUCACUGUCACGAGAAGGACAUCAGCAUGAAUCGUUAUGUUGUAGAAACGUUCAGAAAGAGACUGGAGGACUUUUCCAUUUCAGACUACCAUGGUCUGAUCAGUCCAGGCCUGACAUGCUACCUGAACUGCGUCCUCCAGGUGCUUUUCAUGACUGAAGACUUCCGGGAGGCUGUGAAAAGAUCCUGCAGUAAAGAUCCAGCAACCAUUGACCGAUAUCUAAGAGAGCUAUUUGGGAGUUUGGAGAAAAGGAUGGCCAAAACGCAUAAGCUUACAAAAAAACUGGGCAUCACAGACGUAUACGAGCAACGGGAUGUUGCUGAGUAUUUUGAGAAGAUCUUGUGUUUGACCAGUCCAGAGGCUUCCAAGAUAUUCAAAGGAGAGCUGAGUCAUAAGACCACAUGCUGCAGGUGCAACAAGGGGAACGAUUCCAGGAGCUUUUUUUGGAUUCUGCCACUUGCUGUGGAAGAUUCAUUUUGUAGAACCUACGAUGUGGAGGAAGGAUUUAAGUCUUACUUCAACGUGCAAAAGGUCUCUGGAGAAAACCAGGUGUACUGCAGCCAGUGUAGUAAAAAGCAAGAUGCAGACACUGUGUGGGAAUUAACACAACAUCCAGAUGUUCUGACCCUCCUACUGAAGAGAUUUACAUUUGAUUACAAGAGGAAGUGUUACGUCAAGCUUCACUGCAAAGCUGAUGUGCCUCAAACUUUAUACACGAAGACAUGCACAUACGACCUCUUUGCUGUAGUUAACCACUUUGGAAAUCUAACAGGAGGUCAUUAUACUGCAGAAAUCAAAUCUUUUGAAACUGGGCAGUGGUACUGCUUCGACGACGACAGCGUGAGGAGGGUCAAGAGUCACCCAUUUGGGAUUGGAGUCAACUCUCUGAGGUCCUGUGCAGCUUACCUCCUCAUGUACAGAAAAAUAAGCGGGCAUCCUGAAAAGGCCGAUGGAAGCGACCGGGAAGCUCAGGGUGCACAUUCAGACGCCGAAGUGGAAGGAAGACGUGAUGAGGCAGAGGGAGGAGAGGCUCUUGGUCCUCAUUACCAACUGAAGGGUGCAAGCUGCAGAGGAGGAGGGGAAAACUUCAAGCAUUUGAACGGUGAUAUAUUAGACAAGAGCCAUGAUGAUGCUUUGGGCAGGAGACAGAAAAACUCCUCUUUAGGGGAUAAACUGCUAAACCACAGAGCAUCACCUCUGAGACAUCCAACCAACAUGUUGCCUCAAACAGACAAUGAAGCAGAUGGAGACAACUACAGUCCAAAUCUGGGUUGUAGCUCUACAAAAACAGCUGUUGAAAGCAACAGUGUGAAAAUUGAAAGGGAGGUGGUGACAUUAAGAAGCAGUGUUAAGCAGGGAAGAGAGGCUAAUGGCAGUGGUAUGAGUGACUCUAGUGCAAAGCCAUGUCAUGCCUCCUCUCAUGGAUAUCCUAGUGCAUCAGAUAUACAACUGACAAGACGCUCAUGCAGACCGCGUAGGGGGAACGAACCCACUGAGUGUUCACCGAAUGUGUGCAGAAAAUCAAGCAGCUCGAGAAGAAACAAGGAGAAACAACAGCAUGUUGUUCAUGCAGACAGCAGCUGCAAACCAGAGGCCACACAAACUGUAGAAGAAAACCGGAGAGGGAAAAGAGAAGCUAAAAAGUGUGAGGACAAAGCAAAAAAAAAUCCAUGGAAGUGAUCAAAUAAUGAGAGUAAGUUGUCUGACUUUAGCACGUUGGGAAUAAUUUAUUAUUUGUAUUAUGUUUUGUCAACAGGUUCACGUUCAAGAGCUGUUGGCUGUCUUCUGCUAUGAAGUGUGACAGACUGUGAUUAUAGAUGAUGUUUGAUGGUAAUUCAUUCUGACAAACUCAUACAGGUGCAGGCAACACAAAUCAUCAACUAGAUAAUCUGCAUUCAUGUCAGAAAAGGCUUUCUAAUAUAAGGACAAAUAUAUAUAUUAAAACAAUCUAUCACUGCUACUGUAUAUUUUGGUCAAUCUGAACUGUGAAAAAUGAAGUUUUUGCUGAGAUGUGGAGAGAAAGACACUAAAAAAAAAGUAAUGCAUGCAGCCUUUAUUACCUACAUGUUGUCUCACUAAACAACAACCAAAUCAAACACAAGAAAUCUUCUUUCAGGUAAAUUUGAAUUUAAUUUCAAAAGUGUUUGUCAUGUAGACUGGUAAUAAAUAAUAGACACUGCUUGUACUGUGGUGAAAUGCUUUUAUUUAAUGUAUAAAAAAUUAAAUAUACUUUCUUCCAAAAAUGCCAUUAAUCCCCUCUGUUUGCAGAUUUACCACGCUCUAGUGAGUCUUGUAUUGAAAUGCGUUUUACAUUGUCAAGAAUACCAUUUGCUACAUAACGAUUGAUAAAUAAUAAAGUGUACUUUUAAAUACGUUGUACUUUAUUAGGAUCGCCGUUAUCUGUUAUGAAAAGCUCUAUGUGAAAGUUAACUUUUUUUUGAAGGUCACAAUGUUCAGUUUCUGUUAGCGUUGUUGUUGUUUUGGGGGCUGUUUUUACUGAGGUUAUAUGAGAAAUGAAUACAGAAAAUUCACACGUUCCAAUUUGUCAGUUAAGAGAAAAGUUAAGGGAAACUCAACUUAUAGCAUCGAGUGACCAAUUCUCACAUUUUCCCCAAAUUUCGAGCAUGUAAAACCGUGUUCAGCGUUCUAGGUCAACACUUACUGCUGUCUGAAACCCACUUCAAGUUUGUGAAAGCUUUAUACUAUUGGUGAAUGUGGCACAUGAGGGACAUUUAACUGCUUUUAUUGAAGGUGGACCACAUUAGACCAGGUCCAGAUCUAAAACCACUAUUUUAAUCCCUGUUUUUUUUAAAUUUAUUUUCACAAAUAUAAUAAAGGGUCAUCAAAUGA